GCUUCCUCAGACAAGUGCUUCUCUACCUUCCCUCAAUCAUUGUCUCGAUUACUUAUCACAAUAAAAGUACGUGACAUUCUCAUACAUCUCCCUUGAAUCUUUCAUAAAAAUCCUUUUCCUCAUCUCAACAUCUUAAUCCAAUUUCUAAAAUAUUAUACACAAUGGCGGAAACCAUCAUUCCUCGAGAAAUACUCGACACGUAUUUUCCCAAAACAAGCGAUUUACCACCCGAACACGAUGAGGAAAGAAAUGAAACGUUGCUUGCACAAAUUAGGCAUCGUGUUGAACUUGUGAAUUUCUGGUCUAUUCCACCGGGAUCAAAAGUCCUCGAAAUAGGCUGUGGUCAGGGAGAUACAACAUUGGUACUUGCUGCACAGGUUGGAGAGAAUGGUCAUGUUGAUGCUGUUGAUCCUGGCGAUCCUGAUUAUGGCUCACCAUGGACUCUCUCCCAAGCCCAAUCUCAACUAAGAUCCGGCCCAUUAGGCCACCGCAUCACUUUCCACAACACAUUUUCAAUUCCUUUUCUCGAAUCACUCCUCUCCUCCCUCUCUUCCUCCUCACCCACAACCCAAGACUCAAAACCAUACACCCACAUCAUCCUCUCCCACAGUACUUUUUACUUCUCAUCCCCCUCUCUCUUUCCCCAACUAAUCUCCUACAUCUCCUCCCUCUUGUUAUCAUCCCCCCAAUCCUCAAAUUCCAUCCCUACCCCUAAUCUCCUUACAAACCAAACACAAAUCUGCAUCGCAGAAUGGAAUCUCAACGCCCCCACCUCCACUCAAUUCCCACAUCUCCUCGCAAUCAUGCUUCAAGCCAUCUCAGAAGGCUUCAAAAAAGAAGGAGAAGAAGGAGGUGGAAAUGUAAGAUGUGUGCGUAGCGCGACGCAGAUGCGGAAGGUUAUGAGAGAAAGAGGAUGGAAGAUUGAGAGAGAGAUGGUGAAGGAUGGAAGGGGAUUAGAAGAUGGGGUUUGGGAGGUUGGGAAUGUGGGGAGGUGGAAGGAGGGGGAGUUGAGGAGGGUGAGGGAGGCUGCGGGAGAGGAUAAGGAGGGGAAGAGGGGGAAUGUGUUGGAAAUGAUGUAUGAUGUUUUGGAGAAGAGUUUGAGGAAUGUAGAGGGGGGUUUGAAGGGGGUGGAGGCGAUGGGGGUUUGGGUUGCGAGGUUUGUUAGGGAGGAUUUGUGA